CCCGCAUCCCGGCAUCGGCCGGAAACGAGAAAUCAAGAGGCUGGAACAUCGUGCACGAUCCACGGUCAAGCCACGAGCUCGGCACCACUUCCGCUGCGAGACACCACACCUCAUUCCCAAAAGAACUCGAACCCAAACAGUCAUCAUCAACAAACCCAACACCCCGGCACCGUCCAAAGGAGGCAGAAACUCCCACCACCAUGGCCACGCCCAACUUCCCCCUCCUCUCCAUCAUCCUCUAUUGGAUCCUCGCCAUCUGGCCUCACGGCCACGCCGUUGUUCUCGCCUCCAAAGGCAACCUGAGCCGCCACGACAACCGCAACCCCAAAGCCUCCAGCUACACGGAGAGCGUGAAGAAGCGGCUGGGCGCGAAAGAGUUUGCUGCCUGGGAGCGCGCCGAAUCAUGCCACCGCAACCACCUCGAGAACAUGCCGCUCUUCUGCGCCGCCAUCUUUGCCGGCCUGCUGGCGGAGCGGCAGAUUGGUGCCAGCUCACGUGGAUUGAAUGAGUUUGCUGGCGGCUGGUUGGUGAUUCGCGUGUUGUAUACGAUUAAUUAUUUGAGAACCGACACGCUGAAAGGGAGUUAUAUUCGCUCUGUCCUGUGGUACAUUGGCUCCUUCUGGGCCAUAUAUGUCAUCGGCGCGGCCGCUUUCGCGCUCGGGACGUAGAGGAGAUGCAUCUGUUGCGUAGUUAGCCGUGAUCAUGACGAGGAUGGCGAGGGGAGGACGUAUAAAAAAGAUGUGUCUGCCACCUCUCUCCCCUUUGCAGGCUUGAGAGGCGGCACAAUUCGGCCCCUUGUCGACUGCUCGUCGUCGCCGGGGCCCUUCGAUCGCUU